AUGACUACUAUUCAGUUGUAUAACCAACUUGUUCCUUGUGGCAAUUCUAUUGAGUUCAAGAACAUUGAAGAUGGAGUGUCUCUCUUUAUUAAAAACAUUGCAUUGUUCCCAACAAAAGAAAGAGACAGUUAUGCACAGUUGUACAUUUAUGAAAAUGACAAGAAGAUCAUGCUAUAUCGUUUGGAUGAACAAACAAACCCAAAUCAAGUUUGCAUGAUGAUGCUUAUUGAAAAAGGAAAAUCAAAACAAUUGUUUAUUGAAGGAAAAGGUCAAGUUCAAUUAAUAGGGUAUUUAGUUUAA